CUACUGACACAUCGACCAAAUCAAAAUUGUAAUGUAAAUUAUAUAUUAUUUGUUGUAUAUAAGUAAUUAUGAUGUAACAAAUAUAUUAGUUUAGCGAAAUUAUAAUACAUGUACCUGCUUUGUUACAUUUGAAUCAAUAUUAUGUGUCUUUAAUUUAUAAAUAUUAUAUGAUUUGAAGAACACAAGUAAAAGAUUGUAAACAAAAAUGGAUAAUACAAUCGUUGUUAUAGACCAUCGUCGAAAGGACCUUGAAAAGAAAGUGCGAAUCGCCAAUGACAAUAACGACAACAAUCCGGUACAUAGUCCAAUGGAUAAGUACCUCACUCUUCCAACACCUAAGGACAAGUGUGUAGCUACAUACGUUUGGAUUGAUGGCACGGGCGAAUAUUUACGGAGCAAGGAAACCACAUUAAAGUUGAUACCUAUAAAACCAAAGGAUAAAUUCGAACAUAUAAUGGAUAAGAUAGAGGAAAAAAUAAGACAGGAAACAUUUGAAAGUAUGUCUUAUUCCCAGCAAAAUAAAUAUUUACCACCGUACUAUUGUCCAAGGAAUUUAGAAAAUACAUAUAAAAUUGAAUGCAAGCUUAGGAAAACCAGGAACAGGGACUCUUUUGACGAAAAUUUAAAAGAUUUACCAAUACUGUCAUUCGAUGGAAAAGCAAGUGGUCUAACAAAACGCAACAGUAGUGACAUGUACUUGAUUCCUCGAGCGAUAUACGGAGACCCGUUCAAACGCGGCAACAACAUCUUAGUUAUGUGCGACACCUACACCCACAGGAUGGAACCCACACGGACUAACCAUCGAUACCAGUGCGCGGCCACUUACAAUAAAUGCAGGGAGCAUGAGCCCUGGUUCGGUGUGGAGCAGGAGUUUUACUUAUUGAACCCCACCGACUCGAGACCGGCAGGCUGGCCGAAAUGCGGUUUUCCUAGACUCUCACACCAAUCUUACUGCGGCCUUGGUGCGAAUAAAGUUGUUGGUCGAGAACUUGUUGAAGCUCAUUACAGAUGCUGUUUACACGCUGGUAUUCCUAUGUGGGGUACAAAUCCAGAGUUAGUACCGUCACAGUGGGAGUACCAAGUCGGUCCCUCAGUAGGGAUAGAUGCAGGUGACGAUGUCUGGAUGUCUCGUUACAUUCUGAAUAUACUCGGUGAGAAAUUCGGAGUUGUGAUCUCCUUCGAUCCCAAACCAGUUGCAAACUGGGUUUCAUCCGGAGCACACAUCAAUUUUUCGACUCUUGCUACACGCGGAGUGAACGGUAUUUCGGCAAUUCAGAGAGGAAUAAAACGAUUAGCAGCUUUUCAUGAAAGGCACAUCCAAGUAUAUGACCCUCGGGGUGGACUGGACAACAAGAAGCGUCUAACUGCUGAUACUGGAUUGACGAGUGCCAUAGAUAAAUUUACUGCAGGAAUCGCAGACCGUUUAGUUAGCGUAAGAAUACCGCGUAUGGUGGCUGAAGACAAAUGCGGUUUUCUAGAAGACCGCCGCCCUGCCUCCAACUCUGAUCCUUAUCGAGUGAUUAAUGCUCUGAUGAGCACUGUUAUACUUAAUGAAUAAUUGUCUUCCAUUAGCUACAAUGAAUCUCCGUUUUGACUUUUGGCCAUACUUUGAACUUUUUGUAUGCUGAUAUAACUGGAGAACUAUUAAACUCCUAUGUACAUU